UGUGACCGGGCCGUGCGGGACCCGCGGCACCCAGCCUGGCACAGACACGGCGGCCGGUGGCGCCCGCCGCCCCAAAAUGAGCGAUGGCGCGUGGAUCUCGCUCAGCCCCACCGAGUUUGCCCAGCUCCAGCAGUACACGGACUACUCCACCAAGAAGCUCAAGGAUGUUCUGGAGGAGUUCCAUGGGGACGGCGUCCUGUCGAGGUACAACCCCGAGCAGCCCAUCGACUACGAGGGUUUCUGCCUCUUCAUGAAGACCUACCUGGAGGCAGACGUGCCCGAGGAGCUCUGCCAGCACCUCUUCACCUCCUUCAGGCGCAAGAUUUGCCAGUCCUCCCCCGAGAGCCAGCAGCAGAGCCCCGGCGUGUCGCAGCACAGCCCCCUCGGGAUCAAUGGGAAAACCCUUCGGAGUGCUCUGGGACGGCACACUGCCGAGCCCAAGAGCUGCCACAGCAGCACAGCUGAGCCUCAGCCGGCAUCCCUCACCCCGGCAUCGAUCCCCAACGCCUCCCCCAGCUGGUCCAGGUCAUCCUCCCAGAAAUCCAACGCCGGCGCCGCUUCUGCUCACAACUCCUCGGGCUCUUCCAAGAUCUCCUCCGUGUCUCUGCUCAGCCCUCAGUCGCCAGGCACGAGGAGCACGGAGAAGAGGUUACCCUUCAGCCUGAGGAAAGGCCCCAGCUCCCUGAAAGCCACCCCGCCUCCUCCUGCCACCCCCUUGGCCCAGGUGGUCCACCUGAAGGACAUCGUGUGCUACCUGUCCCUGCUGGAGCGGGGACGAGCAGAAGACAAGCUGGAGUUUAUGUUUCGCCUCUACGAUACCGAUGGAAAUGGCCUACUGGACAGCUCGGAGCUGGAUCGCAUCAUCAACCAGAUGGUGCACGUGGCCGAGUACCUGGAGUGGGACUCCACCGAGCUGAAGCCCAUCCUGAAGGCUAUGAUGGACGAGAUCGAUUACAACCACGACGGGACGGUGACGCUGGAGGAGUGGAUCCGCGGCGGCAUGACCACCAUCCCCCUGCUGGUCCUCCUGGGCAUGGAGACGAACGUGAAGGACGAUGGGCAGCAUGCCUGGAGGCUGAAGCACUUCAAGAAACCUGCCUACUGCAACUUCUGCCGCACCAUGCUGCUGGGGGUCCGCAAGCAGGGCCUCUGCUGCUCCUUCUGCAAGUACACGGUCCACGAGAGGUGUGUGUCCAAAGACAUCGCUUCCUGCAUCAGCACCUACGUUAAAUCCAAGAGAAACACGAGCGUGAUGCAGCACACCUGGAUCGAGGGCAAUUCGCCUGCCAAGUGUGACAGAUGUCACAAGAGCAUCAAGUGCUACCAGGGCAUCACCGGCCUGCACUGCGUCUGGUGCCAGGUCACGCUCCACAACAAGUGCGCCUCCCACGUGAAGCCAGAGUGUGACGGGGGCCCACUGCGGGACCACAUCCUGCUCCCGUCCUACAUCUGCCCAGUUGUCCUGGACAGGCAGUCCCACUGCCGCCGCUCCGAGAGCGACUCCCCUGCCAGCACCAGCCCCGAGGACAGCCAGGGCUUCAAGUUCAACUCCACCACGGUGGACGGGCAAGGCCUGCAGAUCAGCGCCCAGCCCGGGACACACCCACUCCUCGUGUUUGUGAACCCCAAGAGCGGAGGAAGGCAAGGGGAGCGGGUCCUCCGGAAGUUUCACUACCUGCUCAACCCACGCCAAGUGUACAACCUGGACCGCGGUGGCCCCACGCCAGGGCUGAACUUCUUUCGGGACACUCCAGAUUUCCGUGUGCUGGCCUGCGGAGGGGACGGCACGGUGGGUUGGAUCCUGGACUGCAUAGAUAAGGCAAACCUGGUGAAGCACCCACCCGUGGCCGUCCUGCCCCUGGGAACGGGCAACGACCUCGCGCGGUGCCUGCGCUGGGGAGGAGGCUAUGAAGGAGGCAACCUGAUGAAGGUGCUGAAGGACAUAGAGCACAGCACAGAGGUGAUGCUGGACCGCUGGCACAUCGACAUCAUCCCUACGGACAGGGAGGCCAACGGAGAUCCCGUGCCAUCCACCAUCAUCAACAACUACUUCUCCAUCGGCGUGGAUGCCUCCAUCGCCCACCGCUUUCACAUCAUGCGAGAAAAACACCCUGAGAAGUUCAACAGCAGGAUGAAGAACAAGCUGUGGUACUUCGAAUUCGGGACCUCAGAGACCUUUGCAGCCACCUGCAAGAAGCUCCACGACUAUGUUGAGGUUGAGUGCGACGGGACCCUGCUGGACCUGAGCAACGCCUCCCUGGAGGGCAUCGCCGUCCUCAACAUCCCCAGCAUGUACGGGGGCUCCAACCUGUGGGGCGAGACCAAGAAGCAGCGCGGCUACAACCGGCUGGGCAAGAAGGUGCCCGAGAGGCCGCCGGGCACCGUGGUCACCGACGCCAAGGAGCUGAAGUUCUGCGUGCAGGACCUCAGCGACCAUCUCCUGGAGGUGGUGGGGCUGGAGGGCGCCAUGGAGAUGGGGCAGAUCUACACGGGGCUGAAGAGCGCAGGGAAGAGACUGGCCCAGUGCUCCUCCGUCAUCAUCAGGACGUCCAAGCUGCUGCCCAUGCAGGUGGAUGGGGAGCCCUGGAUGCAGCCGUCCUGCACCGUCAAAAUUACACAUAAAAGCCAGGUGCCCAUGCUGCUGGGCCCCCCCCCAGAAGAGCAGCUUCUUCUUCCUGAAGAGGAGAAACCGAACUCGGGAUUAAAGCACCGUCCAAGCCUGGAGGCACUCAGCAUCCCAGCCACCUGCCUGAUGCAGGGGUCCCCAGACCCCCAUCCUGCAGUGGGGACAGAAACUCCCCCUCCAAGCCCAGUGGGGAUUAUUUAUCCUGGGAAGGCCUUGUAGGCUCCUUCCUGACCUCCAGAAGCGUCCUCUCGGGUUGGGGUGGAAGAAGGGGGAGAAGCAGGCUGGCAUGCAGCGAGCACAUUUGCUGGAGCAGCACUAGGACUGGGAUUUUUUUUUUCCCCCUUUAUUUAAAUACCCUCCAGCCAAGCUGCCAGUGAAUGUGCUUCUGAGGCAGCACUAAGCCCCACUAUUUAUUGAUCAUCCUCCUGAAGACUACUUGAUGUCUCACUGCACUGCUUUCUGUCCCCCAGUCCUUGCAAAGGGAGGAAUUAUUUAUUUCCUUAGCCUAGAGGAGCCGUCUCGGCCACUCCCCUCUGUGCUGUGGGGUUUAAGAGAGAUGCAAAGAACCAUUGCUGCCAGCCCAGGGAGCCACGAGGUGUGGGGCAAGCUGGGGACAGACAGUGCACAGGGACAGGCGUGGGGUGGAUGGGAGGAGACAUUUUUACAGGGAAAUGGCAAAAAAAAGGGGAUUUUUGGGGGAGUGCAGCCCCAGCUCUGGGCUUUGUGUUCAUAUUUAUGUAUUUAUUUAGCAAACUCUGGAGAAAAAAGGGACUCUGGGGGUCACUUUUUUAGGAGCCCAGGUUGGACACAGACAUGACCUUUCUCUGCUGGCUGUCCUCCAUGGCACCUCCUUCCUCUGGACAUGGACCUUUCCUCUCUCCUAAAGCCUGCCAGCCCGCGCUGGGGGCUGCAGACCCUGGGGACAGACAUCCAGAAGCUCUUCUCCCUUGAAAGUGCCGCCAGCACCUUCCACACAUCUCCCAGGGUGCUCUGCCAGGCUGGUGCUCUCCCUGUGCGACGGGUGCUGCCUCUGAUGGGCUCUCCUGGGCUGCAGGGAGUGGGGCAGAGUGAUUGCUCCUCGCUUUCUGUACGGCCAGGUCUCCCCACAGCCCUCUCCAAACCCGAGGAGCCUCACAGGUGCUGCUGCCUGCGUGACUGCUGGGGUGCACAGGCAGGUUUUGGGGGCAUCACCCGUGGAUGGACAGAUCAGGGGAUGCAGCUUCUCUCCAGGAUGCACAGGGACCAGGAAACAGCAUGGAGCAUGGAACUUGUGGUGGUCUGAAUGUACUCCCAGGAGCCAGGAGUUGGCCAGACUGGCCCCUGGGAAGGGCUGCUGGGUGCUUCUGCAGUCACCCGGUGCCUCCAGCCGUGGGCCUGCGUGCGGGAUACAGCCACGUCCUGAGUCAGCCCUGCUCCCAGGCAGCUCCCUCGGGGCUGGUGGAGGCUCCUGUGCUGCUGGGAGCAAGCUGGGAGUGAGUGGCGUGCGCCCCGCGGAUGUCACCACAGGCAGGCAAAACUGUUGUUUGUCCCCACUGUGUCCCUGCUGGGACCUGCCACAGGGCUGGGACAAAUCACCCUGUCCCCCCCAGUGCCCCCUCAGUCCCUCCCGAUGCUGCAGGUGCCCAUUCAAUAGCAUUCCCCUGGCAGAGGGGGCUGCCAUCGCUGUUUCAGAGUGAACAGCGAGCUGGAAGGGAGCUGUCCGUGACCUGGGUACACAGGCACACGUCACCAGUGCAGAAAUCCACUCUCCUCCCCCAAGGCAGCUGUUUAUGAGUAGCCAGGUGAAAGCAGACGGAGCGAGGCCAAAGGAACGCCAGGUCCCUCGGAGCAGCCGCCUCCCUUUCCCCAGCCCAUGGCCGGGGGCAGCAGUGCCUCACAGCCCCGCGCUCGGGGAGGGUGAGAAAACCACCUCCGCCAUCUCCCGAGCUUUGCCAGCGGGAGGGUGCCAGCCUUGUCCCGUGGGAUGGCAGCGCACAAGGUCAACGGGUUCGGUUCCAUUUCCCUGCCCACUCAGCCCCGAGGCAGGGCUUUCUCCCAGAGCCUGCGGGGACCCAGCGGCGCUUCUCCCGCUCCUUGCCCCCGUCGCGGUUUGCUGGGCUCGGGCAAAGGGCGGCGCUGGGGUCUGUGCCGCGGUUUGCCGGCGGUGCUGGCGGGGCCGGGGAAGCAGGAGGGCGUUGUGCCCGUGCCUGCAGCCCCGCGUCUGGCACUGCCGGGGGUGAGCGGCUCAGCUCCAGGGGUGAACACCCAGCCUCGUCCUGCAGGGCACAGCGAGCCCAGGGCCACCGCUCUGGGCCGGCGGGACGGGGACACGCCAGCACCAUCCUGCCAGGCUCCAACCCUGGCGUCCCCUCUGAUGGCCAGGGAGAUGAUCCCCGCCACCUGCACCACGGCACCCAGCUCCAAUGCGCUCCCCCACUGCCAAAGGCACGGCUCAACGGGCCUGCCAGCUCCCCCCUCCUCAGUCCGAUGGUGCAAAGGUCCCGAGCCCAGGAGGGACCACAGAGCCCGGGACCUCAGCCCAGCUGUCCCGGCCCCAGGGAGGAAUAAGCCAUGCAGCUGCGGGGCGCUCGAGGCCUUGAUCCCCCCCCCCUUCCCCAGCGUCUCCCAGUUCAGCCCAGUUCCCAUCCGUGGGAUGGGACCAAGCCCCCCAAGAAGCCCUUAGGCGCUGGUGCCGGUGCCGCACUGGGGGUCCCUGAGGGCUGGGGAGCCCCACUGGCACAGGAGCCUCAGCCCGCUCCUCGCUGUGUGUGUGUAGCCGUGGUUGCCUGCA